GUGGGGACAGUGGGGGUGUUUGGGGAGGAGGAUGGUGGCCCUGCCCUGAGGGGGCUGCCUGGGGGAUGGAUGACAACAAAGGGGUAUGUGACCGUGACAGGUCACAAAGGGCAGCAGAGCAUAAAUAUGGCUGCGCAGGGGUUAGUUAGGCUGAGUUAGUUCUGUCACUAGGUCUGCAGUUCCCAGCCUCUCAGGGACAUAAAAUUUCAGGGGUGAAGGUGAGGUGGAGGAAUCCACCAUACAUCUCUGCACCCUUGCAGAAUUUCAGCCUGGGGUCCAGGCACCCUACAGCACCCCCUCUGUAAUCCUCUGAGCUCCCACCCUCACUCGUGUCUCUGGGAGGCUCUGAGGCAAAGGGGGGUGGCCCCCGUGGGGUGGGGUGGGGUUGAGACACUGGCCAUAGAGCCACCUGUGUGACACAGGAGCUCGGCUAUAUACCCUCUGCCAGCCAGGCCAAGGGAGAGGAGAUCCAGGGACCCGCCUUGCCCGCACUGCCUCUUGUGAUAGGAGAGAGUCAUGAACCCCGAGUCUCUGCUCCCCUAUCACACAGCCCACAGCCGCUCCGCAGGGGGCAUGUUCAACACGGCCAUGGGGAAACUACAGAGACACCUGCACAAGGGGGAGUAUGACAUCUUCAAGUACGCGCCUAUAUUUGAGAGCGACUUUAUCCAGAUCACCAAAAGGGGAGAAGUAAUCGAUGUGCACAACCGGGUCAGAAUGGUGACCGUGGGCAUCGCGUCCACCAGCCCCAUCCUCCCGCUACCGGACGUCAUGCUGCUGGCCCGACCGGCCACCGGCUGCGAAGAGCAUGGCGGGCGUGGCCAGGCCACCAAGGAAAAAGGCCACAAGGCUACCAAGACCUUAGAGCUCACCAGGCUCCUUCCCUUGAAGUUCGUGAGGAUCUCCAUUCACAACCGCGAGAAACAACAGCUGCGCCUCAAGUUCGCCACCGGCCGCUCGUGCUACCUGCAGCUGUGCCCUGCUCUGGACACACGGGAAGACCUCUUCACCUACUGGGAAAAGCUCGUGUACCUCCUGCGACCACCAGUGGACAGCAACAGCAGUACCUACGCCCUCCCAGCGGACAUGCUUUGCAUGCCUGUGUUUGAGGAAGAGGACGAGAGGAGCCCAGCAGGGGCGGAUUUCCAAGGAAAGGGCCAUCAGGAUCAGGUCAGCAUCAGGAGCCUCCACGUGGUCUCCGAGGUGGCCGGGGCCACCUCUGCAGCUUUUGCAGGUGGGGAGGGGACCCGUCAGGCCUCCCACAAACCCGAUGCAGCCGCCGCCACCCCAAAACCUGCAGAGCUCCACAGGGAGUCGGCGGCAGAGCCACACGUAGAGCUGGCGGCGGCCGUGGCAGCGCGGGAGGCGGCGGGGGCGGCAGCGGUGGUGACAGGAGGGACGGCCGUGGGGUUCGCAGCAGGGAUCGCAGCGGACACCGCGGCAGGCGCUUUGAGCGUGGCCUUGACCAAGUCAGCCGCCCCGGAUCGGCUAGGCGCGGCCGUAGCAGGUGCAGCCACCGCGGGGCCGGGAGGAAGCAGGACCAACCUAGCCAUUGCGGGCACCGCCAACCUCUCCCCGGAGAGCAGGAACCUGGCCUUGGCAGGUGCCGCGAAGAUCCCCGGGUUUGCUUCCGGCUCGUCGACCGGCCUCUCCCAGCGGGCCCGCAGGACCCCGACCUUCGCAGGGACAGAGGGCGCCCGCAAGACUGUGGCGGGAAACGUGGAGAGAGCGCUCCUCUCCGACGCGCAGAGCGGAGGCGCGGAGGGUGAGCAGGCGGGAAGGCAGCCGCGCCAGGGCCGGAGGGAGCGCAGGGACAAGGAGCGAACCUUUCGGGGCUCCCGUCACCGCAGGGCAGCCGACACGCGCCACGAGGCCGGGGGGGACAAGAUCAACCGGAAAGCCUCCGGGCGGUCCUUAGCCGGCCACAGAGCCGCGAGGGAGGACAAGGACAAGGCCCGCGGCAGCCCGGGGGGCGGGAGGCUAGCCCCCCACAAAGGCAUCGGCCACGCGCCCAUCCCCAAGGAGUCCAGGGCCUCCCACAAAUCGGGGCGGAGCUUAUCCACCGCCAGCUCGGGGUUAGCCACCAAGAGGCUGGGCAGGAUCGGGUUGUUCCUGAGGAACGUCAAAGCCAACCUUACUACCAGGACCACGGGCUCCCUACGCGGCAGAGACGUGGGCGUGCUGCCUAAGGCGGUGGACAGGAGCGGGCUGGAAGCCAUCGAGGCCUCGAACUGCCAGGGCCUGGAGAGCGCGGGGACAGGGACAUCUGACAUUAUGGAGACAGUGACCUUCGAAGCCCCUUAGUAGGGCUUUCCUCACAGCAGUUUAAAUAAAGAACCAUAUAAUCUGAGAAUGGCAUGCUGUGUUCUGUCUGAAUUUCUAGGUCCUGCAGCCCAGUAGUGACCUCACACUACUGUGAGGUCGGCAGGGGUCGGGUCUGAGACCCUGGGGUGGGGUCAAGGGCAGCCCCCACCUCACACUGCUGCUCAGAGCCAAAGGAGUGCUUCACCUUGCCUCAAGGCCCAUCUGGCUUGUUCCUGAGGGCCAUGGCUGAAAGUCAAACUAUGGCCUGGAAAGCUGUUCCUUUUCUUCCACCCUUUCUCUAUAAACAGCCCUUCCCCCUUGCAGGUCCAUAGACCCAGCAAGACCAGGACUCCCCUACCCUCAGGCCAGUCAGUGGAGGGAACAGGGUAGAGCCGCAAACGGUCUCCAGGGUCUAUUCCAAUUCCAAGGGAGGAAUUGGUUCUAAGACGGUGAGAAUGUUAGCAAGACACUGUGCCCACAGCCCAAAUUCCCAUCAACACAAUUGAGAGUACAGUAGGAUAUGUACAGAGAUAGACAUACAGCAGUGAAAAUGAAGGGCAGCUACACACCUUGGCUCCACGCGUUGGCAGAGGGAAAAACCUAUUCUGUGAUUAUAGCCUAUACCACUUACAGAACAGUUCAAAACCAAGAUCAAAAACUAAGAUCAAAAGUACAUGUUUGAAACCGUAGAUACAAAAUUCAUGGGGGAAGCCAAGAGGGGAUCACGAGAUAGAAGCACUGAGGCUCAGAAAAGUUGGAACUUUUGUAGAACAGUGAUCCAUCAGCCCACCCCCGACCCCACUUCUGUAUGCAAAGCAUUCUCAACGCUAUGUUCCAAAACACUCUGCACCAAACGGACUGGAUUAAGGGGAGGGAGGGAUGAGAGCUGGGGAGACUCCUGACUGUGACCCGGUUUUGGGAUUUCUGUGAGCUCACAGUCCUCAGCUGGCCUUAUCUUCAGAGUGUCCAGACCACCUUCGAGCUGUGUCCCCAACCUCUGCAUGACCUCCUGCCUGGGAUUCAGGGGACCAGUCCCUGCUGGGGCUGCCUCUCCCUACGACCCAUUCCUCUGGCAGCCACUAAUCAAAUGUUGGCAUGGAGAAACCAUCCUGAGCUCGGUUUUCAAAAGUUUAAAAGCGUUUCUCCUUGCCAAAUCUCUCCUUCUGGGGUUCAGAACACAAAUCCUUAAACCUCACGUGAGGGAGGUUAUUUGUUAGGUCCAAGCAACACAGAUGCUCUGACUUUUGCAGCCCUCCUUGGGGGGAGGGGAGGGGUCUCUUCUGUUGGUUAAGGGAAUGGUGGCCAUGGGGCGGGGCCUGGGGCACGGGUGAGGAAGGAAGACAGCCAGAGACCUACACACAUCCACCGUUUCCUCCAGCGAAACAAGGUUCACAACCCCAGGAUGGAGAAUUAUUGGAGUGAGUCAAGUCAUUCUUAAAGAAUGGAACAUGCCCGGUGAGGAAAACAACCUAGAAUCAUUAACCCAGAGCCUCGGAGAAGACUGGGAGCUGCAGGGGGACAGAAUUAAUGGUUUACUAUUAACCAGCUUUCCCCUGGAUUCAAGGUGGGGAAAUUGCAAAAAGACCGCAUCACAUUCUUUUGAUCCCGUGAUUCCACCCAGGCAAGUGCAGGUAAACACUGGUCUGGAAGAACUGGAAGAAGAAAAUGCAAUAAAGACAUCUGCAUAGAACUUA